UGCUCCUGUUUGAGAGCGGCUGAGACCAUGUUCACUUCACACCGUUAGGGGCGGUGUGGAGCACGGAGCAUGCCAACCAGGUUACAGAGGAGGAAGAAGAAGCAGAAGACGCAUCUGCAGGACUGAUGCCAUGCGGUUCCGAUUUUGUGGAGAUUUGGACUGUCCGGACUGGGUUUUAGCUGAAAUCAGCACAUUAGCACGAAUAUCAAGCGUCAAGAUGAAAUUACUGUGUGGUCAGGUUAUAAAAGACCUCCUCGACGACGGCAUUGAUUAUGACAAAGUCGCAAAGCUAACCUCUGAUGCAAAAUUUGAGAGUGGAGAUAUUAAGGCCAGUGUUGCAGUGCUGAACUUUAUUCUCUCCAGUGCUGCAAAGCAUGACGUUGAUGGUGAAUCCCUGUCAAGUGAACUUCAGCAGCUAGGCUUGCCUAAAGAGCACACCACUGGGCUGUGUAAAUCCUAUGAGGACAAACAUGCAGCCCUGCAGGAGAAACUGAAGGAGAGCAGUCUGCGUUUGGGUCGUCUGGAGGCAGUGAACUGGAGGGUGGACUACACUCUGAGCUCCAGUGAACUGAAAGAAGUGAACGAGCCCACAGUCCAGCUGAAACUCCAGGCUCAACACCCAGAAUCUGGCUCCACAGAGACCACCGUAGUGUCUGUCAGUGCAGAUAAGUUUAGAGUGUUAUUAACAGAACUCAAACAAGCUCAAGCUAUUAUGAAUGCACUGCAGUGAUUCCACCUUGUUUUUCCUUUGAAAACACAUACAGAUACAGCAGGUCCUCCAUGAAGGAGUAAACAUCUUGAUGGAUGAUGGGAGAUAUUGCAUUAAAACAGAAGACAAACCUGAACUUGGCUCACUACAAGAGACUUCAGUAACUAUGAUGUACAUCAGUUUCUUCAAAUAGAUGUACUCAGUAUGUUUUUUAAAUGUUUUGUACAAUUUUGUAUCAUUUUUGUUAAUGUUAACAAAGUAAACAAUCUAACUGUUA